CCGCAGGUUCCUACUUCAGUCUCUGGAAGAUUUGGACACAAGCUUAAGGAAACUGAACUCCCGCCUGUUUGUAGUUCGGGGACAGCCUGCCGAUGUGUUCCCAAGGCUGUUCAAGGAAUGGGGGGUGACCCGCCUGACCUUUGAAUAUGACUCCGAACCCUUUGGGAAAGAGCGUGAUGCAGCCAUCAUGAAGAUGGCCAAGGAGGCUGGUGUGGAGGUGGUGACUGAGAACUCUCAUACCCUGUACGACCUGGACAGGAUCAUUGAGCUAAAUGGGCAGAAGCCACCCCUCACCUACAAGCGCUUUCAGGCCAUCAUCAGCCGCAUGGAGCUGCCCAAGAAGCCUGUGGGCUCAGUGACCAGCCAGCAGAUGGAGAGCUGCAGAGCCGAGAUCCAGGAGAACCACGAUGAAACCUAUGGCGUGCCCUCCCUGGAGGAGCUGGGGUUCCCCACGGAAGGACUUGGCCCAGCUGUCUGGCAAGGAGGAGAGACAGAAGCUCUGGCCCGCCUGGAUAAACACUUGGAACGGAAGGCCUGGGUUGCCAACUACGAGAGGCCCCGAAUGAAUGCCAACUCCCUGCUGGCCAGCCCCACAGGCCUCAGCCCCUACCUGCGCUUUGGUUGCCUGUCCUGCCGCCUCUUCUACUACCGCCUGUGGGACCUCUAUAAAAAGGUGAAGCGGAACAGCACACCCCCGCUCUCCCUAUUUGGGCAACUCCUGUGGCGAGAGUUCUUCUACGCGGCAGCCACCAACAACCCCAGGUUUGACCGCAUGGAGGGGAACCCCAUCUGCAUCCAGAUCCCCUGGGACCGCAACCCUGAGGCCUUGGCCAAGUGGGCCGAGGGCAAGACAGGCUUCCCUUGGAUUGAUGCCAUCAUGACCCAACUGAGGCAGGAGGGCUGGAUCCACCACCUGGCCCGGCACGCUGUGGCCUGCUUCCUCACCCGCGGGGACCUCUGGGUCAGCUGGGAGAGCGGGGUUCGGGUAUUUGAUGAGCUGCUCCUGGAUGCAGAUUUCAGUGUGAAUGCAGGCAGCUGGAUGUGGCUGUCCUGCAGUGCUUUCUUCCAGCAGUUCUUUCACUGCUACUGCCCUGUGGGCUUUGGCCGCCGCACAGACCCCAGCGGAGACUACGUCAGGCGAUACCUGCCCAGAUUGAAAGGGUUUCCCUCUCGGUACAUCUAUGAGCCCUGGAAUGCCCCAGAGUCUGUUCAGAAGGCAGCCAAGUGCAUCAUUGGUGUGGACUACCCGCGGCCCAUCGUCAACCACGCCGAGACCAGCCGGCUCAACAUUGAACGAAUGAAGCAGAUUUAUCAGCAGCUGUCACGCUACCGGGGACUCUGUCUGCUGGCAUCUGUGCCUUCCUGUGUGGAGGACCUCAGUCACCCCGUGGCAGAGCCCAGCUCGAGCCAGGCUGGAAGCAUGAGCAGUACAGGCCCAAGGCCACUGCCCAGUGGCCCAGCGUCCCCCAAACGCAAGCUGGAAGCAGCUGAGGAGCCCCCUGGUGAAGAACUCAGCAAGCGGGCCAGGGUAGCAGAGUUGCCUACCCCCGAGCUGCCAAGCAGGGAUGUCUGAGACCGCAGAGCCCUCGCUCCGUGCACAAAGCCUGGGUGCCCGAGCAGCAGCCGCAGCCGCAGAGCGCAACCUGCAGAGAAGCGGAUCACCAGACAGGCGGAGGGGACGUGUGUGCGUGUGUGCGCGCCUGCCAAGGAGGGAGUGGUGUGCCUGUGUGCGUGUGCGUGUGUCUGUUUACACUCUCGUGGUUCUGACUGUUGCCCAGGCUGGAGGAGCACCUAUAGCACGCUUCACCACGAGCACUGUGUCCUGGUCUCCAGACAAGGCUAGAGGCCGUGGCAGUGACUGCCAGCCGGGACCUGUCCCUGCAAGCCACCUGCCUUGUCUGAAUAGAAUAUAGUGGUCAGACCCAGCUGGGAUUCUGGCAUCGGCCUCCCUCCCUCUUCACGCCAGACUGAGGAACAAGAGGGCGGCCGUCUUGGCCCUUGUCCAAAGCAGGGGCUUCUGGAGGCAGCAGAGUCCCACUGAGUUCCUGCUUUGUGGCCCUGGAGGCUGGGCAGGCUGGAUGCUGUCCAGACUUAGCCACCUGGCCUCACUUUUUUAUUUUAAAAUUCCCUGCCGCUGGGUCCUCCAAACCAUCUCUGGACACCUGGGACCGAGCAUGAGGCUGUAGACAGAUCUGAAAAGUUGCUGCCAGCAUACGGAAGCACACCCUGAUGGUGAGGUGUGUGCCCAGUACUGCGGAUAGGAGCCUAAGACAGCACCUCACCUUUUCAGGGCGAGCCUAAGAUUAGGAAUAGAAGCCCAGCUCUCCCUGUUCCUCCCCACAGCUGAGAGCCAGCCUCAGGACUCACCCGGGAGCUGUGGAGGGACCAGGGUCAGACUCCGUCCCUCCACCAGGAGGAGACCGGCUUCUCAGGGGCAUAAGGCCACCCGGCUCCUCUGGCUGCACCCCAAGGCAGCACAGUGCUGCCAGUGAGGACCACUGACACCCAGCCAGGGAAGCCAUGCUAGUCUUCGUUCUGUCGGCUUCCAGGGCCUGCCCUGAACUGGUCAGCAUCCAGACUGCCAUGUUAGCUGUCCCAGAGGCUGGACUCCAAGGACUCGGGCAGAGGGACUCGGGCAGGGACUGCCAGGGGCAGUUAGCCAAAGUCCGAGCAGAGAUCACUCCAGCACGCCAUCCCUUCCAGAAGCGGUGGGUGGGAGGCUUGACCCAGAGGAGCCAAGCCUUGCAUUCCAGGAGUGACUUGCGCCUCCCACCCCUCCCUCCUACUGUCAAAGGCCGGUGUUGCGAAAGAAGCACUGUGGUCAACUGGAGCAAGUCUUCCUUCCACCCUGUGGCCUGCAUUUGAGCCACAACAUGUGUGUGUGUGUUGUGUAUACGUGCGUGUAUGCAUGUAGCCGGGAGGCCAGUUCCUGUUUGUGUUUUGUCCUCAUGUGUAACAUUAAGCUGGCCUCUGGGCGUUUUCCUUUCUACCUCCCUGUGACCUUUCCUAGCCUCAGAGUUGUGAGCUCCCCUGGCCCCAGCCCUGCCCUCUGUCCUCCGACCACAGCCCUGGGGUCAGGCCCCUGUCUCCUGUCGCUGUCCAGCACGUUGACAGGCUUCUUCCUGAGGUGUCUCAGGCUUCCUCAGCCAGAGAGCUGCCUUUGGAGUCCACCUGUCGUAUGUGUGUCACCCUCGCUAGAAACAUCCCAUAGUCGUGUGGGGAAGCAGGGCCCAGGUGACGGUGUGUGUUCAGGGCACCGGAUUCCCUCAGCCCCUGCCAGGAGGAAGGAGAACCAGGAAGUCACUCCUCUUGCCAGAGGGAGAGCAGCGUGAGCCUGGAGGGGUGAGCCUGAGAAACAGAAGGUCGAGGCUGCAGGCCAGACCAGUGUUCAGGAACUGCACCUUCAGAGGUCGGGAUGAGUCCGUCCCUACCUGUUUGGCGAUGGCUCCCUUCCCUGAGAUCCCGGGUGGCAGGACCACUUCCCCCACUUCUUCACCACCCCGGCCCACUCCCAGGGCGACUACCAGUGCAGUCAGACAGCGCACUCCUGGAGCCAGGAGGGGCAGGUGGGAGAGGGGGUGUCUGGUGGCCUAGAGCUCCACGAUGGUGCCAGACCUCCCUUCCCCUAGCCCAGGUGGCGCCGAGGACUGCCACAGAAGAGCGCCCCAAAUCUUGGCCCAAGGGCCACACAGGGAAAAGAUGGUCGCAGGCAAAAUGCACUUUAUAGAGAUUUUCUGUUGCUGGAAAGGUGUGUUUCUCCCACGGUUUGUGAAUAUUCACUUGUUUUAUAAACGUCUAAUCCUGUCUGAG